AUGGCCCCGCCCCCGUUCACAGACCCCCCCCCCCCGCCCCCCCGCCCCCUCUCCGCCCUCCCCGGGUCCUGCCGGUCCCUCCUUCAGGCCCAUCCCAAGAUGGCGGAGAUCCCCCUGUACUUUGUGGACUUGCAAGAUGACUCUGCCCCGGGAUGGGUCGAAAGGGUAGUCCCAAGUCCCAGUCGACUCAGGGAGGACAGCGGGGCCUGCCACUUCGGAGAUGGAUUUGAAGACUAUGGUCCAGAUUGCAACAACAUGAAAGUGACGGCCUUCUUGGACAUUCCAGGCCAGGAUAACCUGCCUCUGCUUACUCGCCUGGAGAAGUAUGCCUUCAUUGAGAACACCUUCAACCGGCAGAUUAUUGCCAGAGGGCUGCUUGAUAUCUUCCAGGGCUUCAGUAACAACGAAGAGGACUUCUUAACAGUAAUGGAGAUUGUGGUCAGAUUGUCAGAAGAUGCAGAGCCCACAGUGCGGACUGAGCUGAUGGAACAGAUUCCUCCUAUUGCCAUUUUUUUACAAGAAAACAGAUCAAAUUUUCCAGUGGUGCUCUCUGAAUAUCUCCUACCUAUUGUGGUGAGGAACCUCACAGAUCCAAACAAUCAGGUUAGAAAAUCAAGUCAGGAAGUACUCUUGAUUCUUCUGGAACAAGACCUUGUUUUCCAGCAUGAUAUUGAAAACACAGUGUGUCCCAUUUUGCUGCAGCUCUGUGCCCUGGACAGUGAUGAUGAAUAUAAGGCAGAAGCCGUGAGUGUUUGCGCUGCAAAUUUUGGUGAUAGUUGUCAUGCUGUUGGACAAGAGGCCACUGAGAAAUUUUUGAUCCCAAAGUUCUUUGAGCUCUGCUCAGAUUCUGUGUGGGGCAUGCGGAAAGCCUGCGCGGAAUGCUUCACGGCUGUGUCCCGCAGCUCCUCCCCUGAGGUCCGCAGAACUCGGCUCUCCUUGCUCUUCAUCAGACUUGUCAGUGACCCCUGCCGAUGGGUGCACCAGGCUGCCUUCCAGUCCCUCGGCCCCUUCAUUUGCACCUUUGCAAACCCCUCCAGGGCUGGCCUUUAUCUUAGAGAGGAUGAUGCCCUGAGCAUCUGGCCACUCACCCAGGAUGUGAACUCUGCUUUUGCCUCUGGCUCACCCACUCCCAGCAGUGGUGGUAACACUUUCUCUGCCAGCAGCCACCCUGGAUCAGAUUCCUGGGCCUGCCCAGGACUUCGAGCAAGGACUUCGAGCUGUUUCUGAGUGAGUCUGGGCUGCAAGAGGACAACUGCGGCAGACCCAAGACUGUGCACAACAGCUGUGUGGCCCGGAGUGAGAUCCAGAAAGUCCUUGAGAGUUUGCAGUAGCAUAUGCUGAACGAUCCAGAUGUUCGAGCUCAAGUUCAGGUAUUAUCAGCUGCACUGAGAGCUGCACAGCUUGAUUCUGUGAAUGAACCCGAGAGCAAGCCGACAGCAGGUCUAAAUGAAGUGUCCAUUUCAGAUCCCAGCUCUGUCUCUGACAAUCAGAUCACUCUGUCGGCUUCAUCAUCUCACAAUGAGCUCUCCGUGGCCAGGAUAUUACAAAGCACAGUAAGUGUUUGCCCUAUCCCUCAGCCACCGACGAUGUGACAGAAAUCACAAAGCUGCAUUUUCUCUUAUUAAUAUAUCCCAGCAGAGAUGAUAAAUGGCAAAUUUCAUUUUAUUCUUAAGGUCAUGUUUUGGAUAACUAGACAACCAAUCAAUCAGGUGAUUGAUAGUGCUGAUGCACUCCCACGAAGAUAGGGUGGGCACCAGAAAGUACCUUCCCUCUUCUCCAGAGAUGACAAGAACUUGUUCUUUGGGGAGAUUAACCAUGUAAAUGCUCUGUGUCACUGCUAACAUACAAUGACAUGUUUUAAAAAUAGUGGAGGGUGAACUCAGGCAGUUCCUAGAUUUUCAAGGGGAUGAAGCCUCUGAGAGUGGCCGUCACACCAGCCCUGUUUGCUAGGAGCUCUGGCAUACAUGGGUGCUCCAGUGCUGGUCCUGGCAUACUGUUUCUCAGAGGAGAGAUUUUGAAAAAGCACCAGCGACCCUCCUUCCUCCUGUGGGUGGAACCAGCUCCUUGUGAGACAAGGGCCCCAAAGGAGGGGCCCACAGUUUAUUUCUUACUUCAGGUUUCUCCAGAAGUUUGGGGGAGCCUCUUGUAGUUGGAGGCUCCUGAGCCCUCCUAGUUUCUACUAAGCUUCCACUUGGACCAGUUUAAGUUGGGAUCUUCCACAGUUAGGGUUCAGAAUAGAGGCUUAAAAUGAGGGAGGGGCUGUCACCAGAAAGUCACUGGGAUAGCACCCUGCCAUUAUCAUGUGCUAUGAUGGAUCAUCUCUUCAAAUUCAUGGUCUCCAGGGCCCCAAUACCAAUUGUUUCUCUAUUCAUACAGUUUAUAAUUUGAUUUCAGUGAUUUAACUUCUUACCUCCUUCACCCCUUAGGCCUGCUCUAAUAAAGCAAAAUAAAGCAUUUUAAAACUCAAACGUAAAAUCUGUAAGAGUUGGUUAAGAUUAUCUGUGAUUAGUAAGAAAUGAGAUGAUAUCCUCUUCUGCUGGUUUGUUGCUAAAACAGUAAGAAAACUCAUUGUUGUCAACCUUGUUACCUAGAGUGCAAAAAUUGCGACCACAUUUACCUUGGUGGGGAUGUGAUACUGGACUUCUUUAUCAUAGACAGAGGUUAAAAAAAAAAAAAGAGAACAGAUUCCUCCCUGCUGGGUCUGGUUGGGUCUUUGAGUUGAGGCUUUGAAAGGGUUUGUGUAAUGGGGCCUUUGCUUUAUGGUGUGGGAGGGCAGAGCCCUUGAAUUUGCAGCUUGACUCCAGGGUCUUAGUGGGAUUAGUUAGGAUGCUUCCUGUUGCAAAAGAAGGGAAAGAAACAAAAACUCCAGGAACCAUGAGGAAGAUGUUCACUUGCACAAGACAACGGGGAGAAGCGCUGUGGCUGGGAGGCUUCUGGGCUGGUGGACUCCACACCUUUGGUGUUCCUCUGGGGCUUUUUUGGGGAAAUGAACUCACAAUACCUUUUAGGGGUGCCAUGACUUGUGGUGCUUUGCUUAAGCCUUGAUUCAGCUCCUGGAGUAAGUGCUGCACAUACGAUUGCACUGAAGAUUUUGGAAUAAAAUUAAUUUCUAAAGGGAUAAUAGUGAUUCAAAUGACACAACUUGUUACUGUAUGUGAAUUUAUUAACUUGGAGAAAUUGAGGUCUUAGGUUAUGAUACCAAAAUAUUUCUGUUUUAUCAUGUCCUCUGUUAAAAUAAACAGUACAUAUUGGUGAAAACCUUGGGAAUUGAAGGUUCUGGUGGUGUGCCUCAGAGCAAACAAAGCAUCUAUUGGUGUAUUAAUCAACUUUUCUGGAUCAUAUAUUGAGCUGAUUUGUCAGAAUCCAUUAAGCUGGUAGACAGUAUGACAUUUCAAAUGUAAGUUGGAAAUCCAUGUAUGGUUGAAGGAGAAGGUCAGGUCCAUCCCAGUUAAUGUUAAUCAAUGAUCAGAGACCAAUAUGUCACCAUUGAAUGUUCUUGUUCAUUUUAAUUGUUAACCUAAUGUAAAGGUUCAUUAGCAAACAUUAGGAGUGUUUGUACAUGUGAAAAUCUAGGGCCAUUUUCUGAGUGAAUACUCCUGUGUCAGCCACAUCUGUUCUCACAGAUUCAUUGGGUUCCCCAGCCCCCAUCCUCUCUGAGAGGCCAACCAUUGCUGCAAUCCCGGAUUCCCAAGAUAUGGUGGAGGUGCUAGCUCUACCAUCUCUUGCAGACCUCACCCUUCCUGCCUUAAACAUGUGAAUAUUUCUUAAGGGUGUUGGUUGGCCACACCAGGGAGUCGCUAGGCAUAAGGAAUAGUGGAUGCAAACUCACAGGGUUGCUCCUCACCGCUUUCACUUUGGCCUUUGUCUUUCUGUAAGGACCUCCAGCAGUCUUGAAAUUAAAAUGUAUUAAAUCAGUUUUCCUUAGCACUUGCAAGAACUGAUUUAUACAAUAUCUUAUGUAACUGUGCAAAUGUAGUUUUUAACAUCUGGAAAGGUACCAUUGACUUCAAGGAAAGUUCUUGCCUUGGCUUACAGAAGUAAUUUCUGGCAUUGAAAAAGGACUCUGAAGGGGAAGUGACAGGACAGCUGAUUCCUUUAGAGCAAAUUGGUUAACAUGCCCAAGCGCCUCUGCAGGAUCCAGGUGAACCCAGAAAUGGAACCAGUGACCAUCUGGAGACAGACCAGAGGCAGGAUCCCACUCCACUUGAAGAGAAUAAAUUGAAAUUACAGGUUUGUUUCUUGGAAAAAAAGAAAAAGGCAACUGAAACUGUAUAUUUUCUGAAAGUUAACUUUAAGAAUGGCUGUUGGAACCAAAUAUUUUUUCUUCCAUCAGUAUUGAUUACAUAUUUUAGCUCAUAUUUCAUGUUGCUUAUAUUUUCUUUCUAACUUAAAAAAAUUAAUUGUAAGGUACUGUUUACAGUCUUCUGAACAACCUAUAAUAGUGUUUUUAAUAAAACAAACUAAUAAGAAAAAAUAGGACAUCUAACAAUGAUAUUCAGUAUCUGUUUAUUGAAGCUGUUUCUUUUUUUUGCUUGAAAAGUUUUUGGCAGCUUCUUUUCUUGGAUUGUUUGAUUGAGUUCUGUCUGUGGGUUGGCUUCUUGUUCCACUGUCAGUUUCCUUGAAUGUUUGAAAUCACUGAGACCCACUGCUCUCACUGAGAUAAACAUAAAUGGGGGAUGUCACAUGGUGGCCGUAUCAGAGUCUGAGGUCUCAGGUGCUAGGUUCUCGGGGCAGUUGUAAGAAGAGAGAAGCAAGACUCCAUUCUCAAGAGCUGGCUGUACCAGCCUAAGCAGACAUUGCCAUCUAGACUGUUCUCCAUGAUAUCACAUAUUGUGCCAAUCUGAAAAAGAUGAGUUCUGGGUGUUGCUUUCACUUCAAUCAAAAUUGAAAACCCACUCCCUGGAGAAAACUGUUGGCAAUCCGAAGCCCUUUUGCUUGAGGAAGGCCUCCUGUUCCUUUCACAUUUCUGCUUUAUUGUUUCACCUCUCAAUUCCAAACUCCUUGUUUUUCUUGAGUAUUUUUCUGCACACAUGAUGGCCUCCUUUCUCUGUCAUUUCCCAAGAUAUAAUACCUCAGCCGCUGCUAGAUCAGUAUGUGUCCAUGACUGACCCAGCUCGAGCCCAGACUGUCGAUACUGACAUAGCCACACACUGUGCCUACAGCCUCCCAGGGGUGGCGCUGACCCUGGGCAGGCAGAAUUGGCAUUGCCUGAAAGAUACAUAUGAAACACUGGCUUCUGAUGUACAGGUAAAGCCUUUUCAGAGGCACGUGCAGAAAGAGGUGGGUCACCUCAUUAGGGAGAAAAGGGAAGCUGCAGCAAGGCUUAUCGACCUGAAUUUUAUGUGGAUACAAAUUGGCAUAUUUACUGGUUUGUGAUGAAAUAAAGCUUUAAGUGGCUAACACCUGGAAGUAUUCAUUUUGCUCCAAAAAUGCCACAUAAGAUGUGGAAGAGAUUGAAUUACACUGGCUUGUCAUGAUUUGUGUGUCUGCUCUGCACCCCUAGUGGAAGGUGCGGCGAACCUUAGCCUUCUCCAUUCACAAGCUGGCUGUGAUUCUCAGGGAUCAGUUAACAGCAGCUGACCUGGUGCCCAUCUUCAAUGGAUUUUUAAAGGAUCUGGAUGAAGUACGCAUAGGAGUUCUUAAACACCUGUAUGAUUUUCUAAAGGUAGGAAGAAGGGUUAAAAGCAAAAAACAAGGUUCCCCUCUCCCAAGCAAAUGUGUGAAGCCCCGGAUGUGUAUCGUGUCAGUGAAAAAAACAGCUUGGUGGUUUAGUUUAGCUGAAAUGUACCACCCAGAAUCUGAAAGUAGGUGUUCUUUCAGUGAUAGGUAAAUAUUUUUAAUUGUUUUCUCCUAAUUUUCCUGUCCUUGUGGAAGAUGGCAGACACACAGCCUAGCACACUCUUUGCAGAAGAAACCAAGGCCCCCCAGGUAGUGACCUGACUUGCCCAGAAGUCACCCAGGGAAGACCUUGGGCUGAAGUUCAACCUCUGUUUCUGCAAAUUGCUGCUCCUUCUCUUCUGGCUCCCCCCAUCCCCCUGAAAAGGAAUGGUGAAUAUGAAAAUAAGAGUUUUAAAAUGACCUAGAGAAACUAAUUACUCUCAUCCCCACGACCAAGAGCUGCCAUUAGCAGACUCUGGUGUGUGCUGCUGCAGCCGAGGUUCUCCUCUCCUGGGGCACAGCAGCAGCCUCGCUCCCUGGAAGAGGCACUGGCAUGCUGUCUUCCCAACACACACAGACUGGGUUUUUGUUUGUUUGUUUUUGUUUUUAGGAAAUUACAAAAGGAGGAAGACCUCAGGGGCAUUCAGAAAUACAUAAUAAGCACAUGUCCUAGCCAGGGGGAAAGGUUGGAGGCAUUCAGGGUUGCAUUUGAUGUCAGUGCACUGCAAUGUUCAUUCACAGCCACGCUGGGUAAUAGACUACGAGGUGCAGGGGAGAUGCAAAAGUUCUUGCCAGUGACAAAUGUCUAAUCAAAACAGAAUAAAAGCGGGCAUUUGGGGUCAUUUUGAAGGAUUAUACAUGUUUGUUUAUAUAUACAUUUUUAAAAACAGUUGCUUCAUGAAGACAAGAGGAGAGACUAUCAGCUUCAAGAAUUUGUAGUGACUGGUAACAGCAGGAAUUGGAGGUUUCGUUAUGAGCUAGCAGACGUCCUGUUCUGAGUCGAGAAAAACAGGCCCAUGUUUUCCAUGAAAGCAGUGCGACCUCUAGCGGCGGUGCGCGGGAAGUGGGCGCGCUCGGUGCCCGGCGAGGCUGCUCCGGGAGGCAGCGCGGCGGCAGCGCUGGACCGCGUUAUCUCCCCCCGUGCGCCCUAUCUCACAUCUCCUGGCUUAUUGAAGCCACAGCGACUGAUAUGAAUUCUGUGCUCCCGUGCCCAUGAUAUUGGUAUCAUUUUUUUUUUUUUUUUGAAAACAGUGCUUUUUGAUAUGAAAGUAUUUACCAGCACUCCUGGCUUCUGGUUCUAACUCUCUCCUCAUCUCUUUUUCAUUUCCUUUCGUUGCCUGGGUGAAAAUAAUGCCAUUUAUUUUCAUGCCCUUCUCCCCAUCCCCAUUAAGAAAGUAGUGAAAGCUUUGGUAGUGGGUUUCUGCAGCCAGCCGUCUCCUGCAUGCUUUUGUCUUUUGGAGUAAGGAGCGCGCGCUCCCAGUUCACUCCAAGCGGACCUCGCUGCAGUGAAACCGCCUCGUGCUGCCGAGAGUCGCGAGCCGCGAGCAGGAGCAUCCGGUUCGGUUUGCAGAUGCGGGAGCACCGGAGCGGUCGUGCAGUCUCGCAGUGUUCGCUUGAUCCGUUGACCUCUGCGUACUUCAACUUUCCGGCUAUUUUUAUGUUAUCUGAUUUUUGAAGUUUUAUGUGCUUUUCAACUGAUAACCUAAAAUUGAAAUAUUAAAUCUGUAUUCAUAAAUUUCUCAGCCUCUGUUUUACAGAGUUUAUUUCCUUUUUGUUUGAUUUGUAUGUGUGUGAGAUACAUUUUACUGAAGACCGAAGUCUUGCUAGGUCUCUUGCUGUUUAUUUCCCAGCCUGGCUAUUUUUAUCUAUAAGAUGAAAGGACAGUAAAAAGAAAUCAAUUUUUUUUUUGCCCAAAAAUAAUUUAAAAAAAAAUUUCAGACAGCUGAUACUGAUUCUGGAACUCUAUAGUCCCAAUGAUGUUUAUGAUUACUUAAUGCACCUUGUCUUAAAGUUGUGUGCAGAUAACGUUUCUGAAGUUCGGUGGAUCUCCUUCAAACUAGUAAGGAAUCAGGGCAUUUGCUCUGUGAUUUUUACAAAUAGGAAUGUUUAUGUAUCUUCCAUUUUAACUAUUUUAUUUUCUCUGGGCUUAAUUUGUCAGCUUACCUGUGAAACUUAACUUUUAAAUUUUCAAAUUAGGAACUAUAUUAUAGUUUUAUGAAUUUGUAGGAUAGCUUUUUUGUUAAGUUAUGUGUUUCAUGAGGGAAAUUAUGGGUUAAUUCUUUUAUAUAUGAAACCCUUUAAGCAAUAGCUUAGUGUUUUUUAAAAUACAGGUUGAUUUACAGCUUGGUUUUGUAGAAAAAUAUUUAGUGAGCAGUGACUCUACUGUAGAAAAGCCGAUUCUGUUUUUUCUGUGGGUUUUAUACCAGCUAAAUACUGAUGAAAAAAAUCACAGUUGAAAAUAUUGAUUUUAAGACACUCUGAUGGUAUUGAAGUUUUAUAAAAAUGACAUGUUCUGAAAGAUAGUGAUUUAGUUAUUAUGAAGCAAGGGACAUGCUCUAAAAUUUGGAACCUUAAGAUUAAUAAUGUUUUUUUCUAAUGUCAGUCUCCUUUUAAAUUUCAUUUCUAUGAAGGGUUUUAUGUGUGUAUCUAUUGCCAUAUAUUUAAACAUCUUUUUUUCUCUGUGUUCUAAUGAUGACCAUGACAAAAAUUACUUUCUCCUCUGCUUAUAAAUUCAUUUUAAAGGUGGAAAGGUGCAUAAAAAUGUCUAGUUUCCGUGUAGAGUAGUAUUCGUAAUUCAAAUAGAUGGCCGCAUUUUAAGUUUGCUCUUCUGAUAUUUUUCACAGGUUGUGGCAAUUCUGCAGAAGUUCUAUUCCAACAGUGAAAGUGCAUUGGGUUUAAAUUUCAUCAAUGAACUCAUCAUAAGGUUCCGGCACUGUUCUAAGUGGGUUGGAAGGCAAGCUUUCGCUUUCAUCUGUCAGGUUAGCAAGACCCGAGCAGGGAUCUACUCUGGGUAUAAUUCUGCCAUGUUAUGAAAUCAAGUUUACCAGACAGAGAAUCUCAGCCCUGGAGCACUAGCCAGGAACUGAGGAAUUAUUCACUGAGCCCUCUCGUUUCAUAGGACAUUGGGACCAACUCAGUGUGGUGAAGGGACUUGCCCAGGGCUACCCCAGGGUUUCCCCGCUGGUGAAUGAGUACCCCAGGCAUACUCACUCACCACAUAGAUACUGAUUGAAUACCUACCAUGGUCCAGAUAGAUUCUAGAUGCUAAAGACAGAGUGAACAAGCCUCUGCUCUCCCCACUUCCAUCCAGUAAGGUAAGGGUCAGGCCCACAGUCCACUCCCAUCCUGUCCAGGCUGGUGUCCACCACUGCACCUCACCUUAGCCAGUGGCCUUGGAAGAACAGCGGGAUGAAUUGGGCAGUGGGUUGGGGCAGAGACUUUAACCUCUUUAGAGUAAAUACGUAGAGUUCAUAUCAUCCUGUCCAGCUCCCCAGAUCGCCCUCUCUACUCAGCCUCUUGGAAAUGAGGGUGUGAUUUAUGUUUGCCUAGGGGCAAAGGCAGUGAUAAUGGCUGCUAUUUCUUGAAUACCCCUUAUGUGCCAGGCGUCAUACCACACAUUUAAUUCUCUAAUAAAAGGUAAUGUGUUAUGGUGGGUGCCUUUAAUCCCAGCUACUUGGGAGGCUGAGGCAGGAGAAUCGCUAAUCGCUUGAACCUGGGAGGUGGAGGUUGCAGUGAGCUGAGAUUGCACCACUCCAUUCCAGCCUGGGCAACAGAGCCAGACUCUAUCUCAAAAAAAAAAAAAAAAAAAAAAAAAAAGUAUAUUGAGCACAGCGUACCUGUCUACCUUUAGACCAGCUCUUUUAGGUGAAAUAUUUGAAUCCCAGAGAGGUUAAGUCACUUGUUCAGGAUCACACAGGAAGUGUAAAUCCGUAAUUUUUUUUUCUGCUGAAGUAUUGUUUUAAACAUUUUAACUUUAUUACGCAUGUUUUCAAGCAAAUACAAAGGUAGAGGGAAUGGUGUAAUGAAUCUCUGUGAACCUGCCACCCAACUUUGUUGAUAGUAUGAUAAAGCCGGGUUGAGACCGUGUCUGACCCCAGAGACCAACGUGCCCUUUUUGUCCCUGAUGACCACGGGCACCAGAGGACUCAUCAGCGCCCCCUGUUGGGCCAGUGGGAUAUUACAGGGGUGCUUUAGCAGUCUGCUCUGAGGUCACUGGAUGGCUAAGUGAACAGCAAACUCAAAACCACAGUCUUGACAGCACGGCCGUCUGUAAAGGAAAAGUCAGUGCUCCGAGUCAAGUUGCAGAGAAAGUUUAAAGGAAAUAUUUUUUGCUUUUAUUUUUAAAUUAUUUUUCUGAGAUUAGAAAAUCUGAAAUGACUCUUGCGAGUCGUGGGGAAGGGUGGGAAGGGUGAGGGGUAGAGGUAAAAGACUACACAUUGGAUGCCGUGUGUACUGCUUAAAGGGGGCUAGGAAUAUGUGCUUGCCUUCUAGUGUUGUCAUGGGCUUUCAUGGGCUGACAGAUCUAAGCUACCCAGCAUGGUGCCUGGCACCUGGGGAACAUUGGCACUGGCUGUCACACCGCCUAUUCACCAUGACAGAAACUACCCUGUACCAGAAGAGCCACAGGAGUUAGAAUCCACACUUUGGCUUGUAGUCCCCACCCUGCUGCCACUUGGUGGUUAUGAGACCUUUGGCUGUCACCACCACAUUGGAAAUGAAUUGUUUUCACCUGUAAAACCAGGCUGCUGUUGAAUUCCAAGGCUAGUCUUGAGAAUUAAGUGUGAGGAUACAUGUAAAGUCUUGUAAGUGGAGGAGCUGUGUGCGCAUGCUGAGGACUACAGCAGGACUGUGUUUACUGAUUGUUUACAGAGGUCUGGGCAUUGGGUUAUGGUUUGAGAUUUGACUGUCAUUUGACAGCCAUGGCCACCGUGAGUGACAGAGGUGAGGGUUCUUGAUCCUUACUGGUCAGCUGUGUGCAGCGCGGUGGCAUAGUCCUAGAUGUCUUGCAUAACAGACCAGUCAUCGUACAGAUGAGGAAACUUGAGGCUCAUCAAUGUUAAGCCACUUAACCUGAAGCCACGUAGCUACUAAGACCAAGUUAGAUUUUGAACCUAGACCUUUCUGACUCCAUAGCCCAUCAGAUUUAACCUACUUGGAACCCAGUGCUUGGUAGUAAAUUGUAAUAAAUUAUUAACUGUGUUUCUAACCAAAUGCAGUGCUUGAGAUAAAAAAAUUCACACACACCUCAAACUUACAGAUUUUGAAAUGACUUCUUUGGGAUUAAAGAAGUGUAUAUUUCUAGAAGACUGCUGGAAAACAUCACUUCUUUGGCUAUGACUUUCUUGGAGCAGGCAGUGGUGAGCAAGGAGUGCAUCCCCAUGGACCAGUUUGUGGAGCACCUGCUUCCCAGCCUUCUGAGCCUCGUGUCAGAUCCUGUGCCCAAUGUGAGGGUUCUGCUAGCCAGGGCCCUAAGUAAGGCAGGUGCUAUUGGAAAAGGGUAGGUGGAGUACUUUUUGGAACUCACACAUUUCAGGCAAACUCCAUCAGUUGUUAAAGGCUACAACGAGAUUUCCUCUAGGAAAUUAAGGCAGGUUAUGUGACAGCACGCUUAAGGUUUAUUUUGUAAAUGAAUAUAUUAAAUUUUAUGCAUCAUUUUAUGUUAUUUGUAAAAUGACUAAGGAAAUGAACGUAAUUCAGUCUUCACAUUUAAUAAACGUAUGCUAAAAUGCAAAAUAUUACAUAGCUUUCCAAAAAUGAGGGAAACUUAAAAAUUUUGAGUUAUGACAUGAAAGAUUCUGAAAGGUAGCAAAUGUAAGCCUUAACCCCUAUUAUGUUUUAAUGGUAUUAUUUUGUGGUCAGUUAGAAAACAUUUGUAACCCAACUAGUUGGUUAUUUACACCUGGACAUGACUUAAUAAAAGCUUUGUGUUUCUUGGGUAAUUUAUUUCUACACCACACAUGUAAGACAAAUACCUUGAACUCUGCCCUCCACUUACAUUUCUUGCCACUUCACCCCCUGCCCCACCCUCCCUGCAGCCUACUCCUGCUCCACACAUUGCCAUUUCUUUUGUGUUGGCAGGAAAAAAAAGAUAGUAUAAUUUUUAAAAUAUGCAUAACUGUUAGGAGUCCAUCUUUAACAUUUUAGAAAUAUUCUUUGAUUAAGGCAGUUUAUCAUUUGAAAGGACUUAAAAAUGAUUUAUUGUCCUGACAUGUGGCUAACAAGAAACCAAAAUCAGAGUGUGUUUUGAGCACAGUUCAUGGCACUCAUGAUUCAGACUCAUGGUUUCUCUCUUUAGCAUAUUUUAGAAAUGCUGGUAACCCUCAUCUUGAAGUCGUUGAAGAGCCCAUCUUGGCUUUGCAGUCAGAUCGGGACCAAGAUGUUUCCUUUUUUGCAACCCUAGAACCAAAGCAGCGAAUAUCAUAGGCACUACUGUACUAGAAAAACAGAAUUAACUACUCUAUGAUGAACUGCAGUCUGGCUGUUUCAUGCUUGGCACAUAUGGCUUAUCAUAACUUGAAGGGGAACUGAUUAUAUUAUACCAGCUGGUGGAGAUUUCGGAACCUUUCAUACUGUGCACUCAAAGACUGAAUGAUUGACCCCUCUCUCAUCUGUACCCCGAAGGGAUUGAACCUGAUUAGGGCUUUUUCUGGAUGGCUGAGCCCUCCUGAUCAAGUCUGAUCAGUAAGUCUGUGGAAAGACUGCUGACCAGGUGGCUAACUGAUCACUGGAGCCUCCGAACCAUCAGGCUGCCUGCCAGCAUGUUAUUUUCUCCAUGGCAGACUGUAUGAUCUGACGUCCCCCCACCCUUGCCGAGUAGUUUAUUAGAAGCUCUUAAGUCUUUUAUAGACCUGCAUAUUUCUUUCCCUUAUGAUUUCCUAUAAAAUAUAACUUAUGGCAUUAUAUUUUAUUUUUAAAUGAAAUACUGUACAUAUAUAAAUAACUCUUGACAGGAAGAAAAUAUAUUAAUGUAGUAUUUGCCCCCAUCAGUGAGCUGAACAAAUACAUCAUUUAAAUCUAUGCUCCAGUUUGAGUUGCUACAAAUAUAGUUCAGUUUGUUUACUUUCAAAAAAUGUGAUAAAGAACUCUAAAGAAUGAUUGAUGGCAAUCUUUCUAAUAUUGUGCCUUUGUUACAAACUCUACUUGGAACUUUUCCUCAGGCAUGUACUCCUCCCUCCUGACAGGAACUGUUUCCCUGAAGAUGUGUGUUGGCCUUUGAUAGAGGCAUAAAGCUGAAAGAUUUUUCAUUUUUACAUGGAUAUGCUAUCAUAUGUUUUACGAACUUGGGAGGGAGAUUGAUAACAGAAUUUUUCAUUUUUAUAUGGAUAUGUUAUAUCCUGGGAUAUAUUAAGAUAUAUUAAGAUAUUAAAAUAUAUUAAGAUAUUUUAAGAACCUGGGAGGGAAAUCGAUAACCAAGAUGCAUAGAUAUUGACUUUAUAUCUAAUGUUUUAGAAUCUUAACCAAAAAAAGGAAAACCUGGCUCUGAUCAGAACCUGCCCACAAGUUCUGUGCACCUGUGAUUUUGGGGGUUCAAUGAAGUACUCUUCAAAUUGACCUAAGUACACAACUCUUAGAGUUCAUGCAUUUAAAAUUUUGACUAAGAAAAAUGCUCUAGAAUUUCACCAGGUUUUAAAAAUUAAUAGUUUAAGAUUGUCUAACCAUUUGAACAAAUUUCACAUACAUGUAUGCACAUGUCAUUUUUCUUGUUUCUAUUUUUAUGUUCUCAAAGGUAGAAUAAGGGAAGAAAGGAAGAAACAGCCCCUCUGGGGUUUCAGCACUCACUCUGCUAGGGGUUUGUGAGCUAUUUCUGUUCUUUCCUUUGAUCUCUUUCUUGUUUGUCUUGUCUUUAUUUUUUAAUGAAAUUUUUGAAGCUAUGUAUUGAAUUUCCUAGUAUAUAAGAUGUUGCCCCCCCCACCUCAAAAUUCUAUUUAAGUAAUUCUUUUAAAAGGAAGAUAGGAGUAUAUACACCAUGCUAAAACAAAAUAAUAAUAAUAAGGUUCAUGUGUGAGACUUGCAAAUCACACCCCAGGGUAGCAUUUAGGCAAUGUCUAAAAGUGAGUUAAUAUAUUGGAAGCUACACGUUAAAAAAAAAAACAACAAAACCAGUCAAUUUGUCUUGUCUUUAAAACUUGCCUGAAGUAAAUGGAGAUAAUUGUUUUUCUUUGGUAAGUAGCAAUUUUUAAUUUUUUUGUUGCCUACAAAUUGAGAGUGUUUUAAAAAAAUCUGUGGAUCUAGCAGCAAGUAGAAUUAUUCAGCUGGAAUCUUGUAUUCUAUACAGAGCUUAAUUUUCCAUUAAGGAAAAAAAUGAGCUUCAGUUUGUGUUGUGGUGUGUAUAAUUUCCAUGCUGAAUCACAACGUGCUUGGAGAGACUGUAGACUCUUUGGUAAAUAAUCUAACCUUUACAAUUUCCGUUUCUAUGUUAACAUUUUUCUAUAAUAUGAGUUCCUUCCCAAUGCAAGGAUUUUUUCAUGGCAGUAAUUUCUCUGUAAAAAUAAUUUUUAAGCUUACAUUUUACUCAUUUUUGCAACAACAGAUUUUUCCAAGACUGUUCUGUUUCCUCCUGCCCUCUUAGCUCCCACCCCAUCAUUUCAGCACUUGUAUUUUCUUAUUAUUCAUGGUACCAUGUUGAGUGUUUGUAAUUUGACCACCACAGGUAAGCUUCCUGUUUACUUGAACACGCAGCCUCAUCUCCAGUGAAUGAAUGGAAAAUCACAGAUGAGUUUCUUCCAGGCAGAGCUGACUCCAAAGGUAUCUUAACAAUAGAACCAUCCCAGCCUUUCUAGAGUGGACAUUUCCCCACUUCAGUGUGUUUAUCAGCAUCUUUCUGCCGUCAAGAAUUCAAGAGCAUUUUCAAAAUUGAUAGAUUUUGAUUCAGUUUUGCAAGUUUCCAUGAAAGGAUGCCUCCCACUUCCGGAGUCCACUCUCAAGUCGGGACUAGAUUUGCUUCAGGGAGUCAUGUUUAUGAAAAAAUUUUUUUUUUUUUGGUUCAUGCUAGAAGUGUUUUUAUAACGAAAGUCUGCACUUUACAGCUCUGUAGGCCAUGCGUGCAAUGGUGACAGCCUCGUUUACCUGUAAUUCCUCCAGGUGACUCAUCUCAAUUUAUGCAAAGAUCGUAUUUUAAACAGACGUGGAGAAGUGAUAACCUUUUCCUAACAGCAGCAAGAAUGCCCCUUCCGUUUGUCUGGUGAAGAGAACUGACAUUAACAGCAGCUUGGAGGCUGCAAGUGGGUGGGGACAUGGCCUGAGAUCCGGCCAGGGCCCAGUGCAGGUCGUCGGAGCGUGGCCGCUCGGCGAUGUCUCUCUAUUUAUCAGUAAAUCUCCUGGUUGUUUUGGGAA